AGGCCCACCGCCGCCUCUGUCCUCCACCACAGACGUGCCUCAGCCAAUCAGGUGCGUCCCUCUGCUCCGCUGCCCAGCCAAUCAGCUGGGUUGCCGGGAGGCAUCCCCACAGAGGCAAGUCUACGGGGAUUAAAUAUAUAGAUAGGUAAGGCACCCAGGGUACCUCACCCACCCAGUGGCAAAUGGCCAACAACUUUCUCUCUCAAAACAAACAAAGGAGCUGCACAACCUUUAGCUGAUGGGUGUUCUCUCUCUCUCUCUCAAUAGUAGUAGUAGUAGUAUAGAGGUUCUCAAUAUGAAGUUUUCAACGCAGUUUAUAUCCUACAUAUAUCGCACAUCUCUUAGUUUGCUGAUUUGUUCUAGCUAUACUUCAUAAACCAUUGGAUUAAGCCACCACUGCCCACAGCAUGGAACAACCAGCCAGCAAUCUGCGUUCAAAAUUCAAUGCAUGACUGUAAGCAAGUCAUUAUCCCUUGCUAGCUGCCUUCUGCCCACCAACGUCGCUAGGGUUCAACCCCUCAGCCCCUUCUCUUCCUCAGCGGGGGUUUAGCCCCCACGAUCCCCGGUCACCGCUCCACACACACACACACAGAGCUGUGCCUGCCCUUUGCCCAGAACCUCACUCUGUCCCACUCACCAGCUCCCUCCCACCCAAAAGCCCGAGUCCACCCUUAAAUUGCACUGCAGCAGGGAGAAACUGAAACAAGCCUUCCAGGAAGCGAGCGCUCGGCCUCGCGCGCCUUCCCGUUACCUAGGCAACCGGCUGCUUUGACACACCCCGCCCGCCAAGGCCCGCCCUACCGAGGAAGAGGUGGCACCACCGGAAGCGACCAUCAAAAGCGGCGGUCUGGGGGCGCGAUGCCUCUGGUAGAAGAGCCUGAGGCUUUCCUGCAACGCGCUACACGGGAGAGGCUGGAAAAGUUCGCCCGACUGAGAGGUAAAACAGUAAAGAAUGGAGAAUUCUGGGAUGCUGUUGUAAUAACAGCUGUUGACAAAAACCAGGAAAUUGCUUACCAGCAACAAUUAUCAGAAAAGUUGAAGAGAAAGGAACUUCCCCUUGGCGUUCAUUACCACGUUUUUGUGGAUCCACCUGGACCUAAAAUUGGAAACGGUGGAUCAACACUUCAUGUCCUUCGGUGCUUGGAAGAGCGUUAUGGAGAUAAAUGGGAUUCUUUGACUGUCAUAUUAAUUCAUUCUGGUGGAUAUAGUCAACGAUUACCAAAUGCAAGUGCCCUGGGGAAAAUUUUCACAGCCCUGCCUUUUGGGGACCCUGUCUACCAGAUGUUGGAUUUAAAACUGGCAAUGUACAUUGAUUUCCCCACCCACAUGAAUCCAGGUAUUUUGAUUACUUGUGCUGAUGAUAUUGAACUGUACAGUAUUGGACCAGCAGAAUUCAUCAGGUUUGAUCAGCCUGGAUUUACGGCAUUAGCUCAUCCUUCAAGUUUGACCAUCGGUACAACUCACGGUGUGUUUGUAUUGGAGCCAUCAUCACAUUCAGCAGAAAGAGAACUUGAAUACAGAUCUUGUCAUUGUUUCCUUCAUAAACCUAGCAUUAAGACCAUGCGUCAGUCUGGAGCAGUGUGUGAAAGGAGUAAUUGUCAGUCACUUCAUUCUGCAGGACUAGGUGACUCUACAUUGGACUCUGAGUUUGUUUACACAGAUAGUUUAUUUUACAUUGAUCACACCACUGCAAAACUACUGCUGGCAUUUUAUAAAGAUAUGGGCACAUUAUGCUGUGAAAUAGAUGCCUAUGGUGACUUUCUCCAGGCAUUAGGACCUGGAGCAACACAAGACUAUGCAAAAAACUUAGAAAAUGUCACCAAAGAAGAAUCGGGUCUAGUGGAAAUAAGAGAGAAGAUAUUUACCCUUCUAAAAGGAUUGCCUCUCAAUGUUAUACUCUUGAAUAAUUCCAAAUUCUAUCACAUUGGCACUACUCAUGAGUAUUUGUUUCAUUUCACUUCUGAUAGAAAGCUGAAAUUGGAAAUGGGUUUGCUGCCAAAUGUUUUCACCAUCUGUCGAAACAGUGCAGAAGACUUGGGGAAAUCAGCAUGUAUCAUUCACAGUGUACUCAGUUCAAGCUGUUCUGUGGCACCUGGCUCACUAGUGGAGUACUCUAGGCUGGGACCGGAUGUUUCAGUGGGCGCUAACAGCAUUGUCAGUGGCUGUUGUAUUGAUUCACAAGCAAACAUACCACCAAACACUUUCAUAACUACGCUAAGCCUGAGGAUCAGUGGAGAAGUAGUGUAUGUGAGCAUGGUUUUUGGUAUAGAAGACAACUUGAAAAAAAAUGUGAUAACUUUGUCAGAGACACACUUAUUGCAGUUUUAUGGAGUCAGCAUUGGACAGUGCUUGGAGCUCUGGGGCUUGAAGGUUUCAGACCAGCUCUUUUCCGGUGACAAGACCUGUCUGAGUUUAUGGACAAUUCGAAUUUUCCCUCUUUGCUCUACUUUAAGUGAUUCAGUGAAAGUGUCAUUAGGGAUUCUAAAUUCAGUGCAGAAUAAGUCACCUUUUAAACUGAAUAGUUUUAAGCUUUUUUCUGUGGAAGAAAUGCUUCACUACAAAGAUGUAGAAGACAUGUUGACGUUCAGGCAGCAACUUUAUGAAGAAAUCAGUCUGCAGAGACUAAAAAAGAAAUCUGAUUUGUAGAAGUGUAUUAAAAUGGUACAUUUCCUCCAUACUUUAAUUUGAAGAGGAUUGAUUGCUUUCAAGCCUGCAGAAAACCAGAAGUAAGCAGUACACACAUUUUUUUGUGUUUCAUUGAAGUAGAAAUAAUGAAACUGCAUUAACAGUGUUAUUGUAGCAUAACAUUAAUAAUGCAAAAAAUGCAGAUAAACUAGUCUUUUGAUGAAAAAAUUAAUGAAAUAUUUCAAAUCUAUAAAAACACAAAGAGGCAAAUUUUCUUGGCUGUCCAUUAUUAUUAUUAUGUUUUAAGUUUUUAUUAAUUCAAGUGAAGAAUGGAACAUUAAUUAGAAGUUUUGUUGAAAACCACUUAAAACUUUUUCAAAGAAGAAUGUUAGCUCUAGCAGUAUUUCAUUCUCAUAAUUGUUUGUUUUAAGCGAGCAAAACAGUUGUGCACCUGAAUGUGCUUGUUCAAAGCAUUUUUCAACACUGAGACAUGAAGAGUGAAAAGUGAAUGUUCACAGUACCAUUCUGUGUUGCAUGUACAAACCCCAGCUCCAUCCCACACUUGUUUCAAAGUGGGCGUGAACCAAAGUACACUUUAAUGCAACAGUGGAAGUGAGGCCUCACAAAAACUACUUCACAAGCGUGACAUUACUUCAUCUCAUACUAUUAUUAUUAUUAUUUAUUUACACAGACAGGUGUUAUUGACUGGUUU